UGCGUGAUGACGACACGCGCUGGCGUCCCGGCUGGAGGUAGGCAACAGAAACAGAGGAGCUGAAACAUUUGUGAAGAAGAUUUACAGGAUAAGCAGCGAUGGUCGGGUCUAAAAGUAGACUUCCGCCGGUAGCAGAGACCCUCUGUUACUGAACGCGCCCCGAGAGCCCGGGCGGGGCAGCCGCUGGUGGCGGGGAGGCUGCGACGUCCUGACUUCAGAGCUUGUGCUACAGCUGUCUCCCCUGAUUCACAUACUCUGAAAAUGGAGGAGCUCCACGUCCACUGUGUUUCCUGCAUUAGCCGCCGAUGCAUGGUCAAACCCGAGCCUGGCGUGUCCUGCGACCUGCUGGCCUGCCCGUUGGUUUGUGGUGCAGUUUUCCACGCCUGCAAGGCAGAUGAGCAUCGACUGCUGUGCCCGUUUGAGAGGGUCCCGUGUCUGAACCACCACAUUGGCUGUCCUUUCACGUUAGCCCGGGGCAAGAUGGCGGAGCACCUCGAGGUAUGUCCUGCCGGUGUGGUUUGCUGCACCAUGGAGUGGAACAGGUGGCCAGUGAACGAUGAAGAUUAUCGUUCUUAUGAAAGGUUAAGUCGAGAUGCAGACGAGGAGGAACAGUUGGACAUGGCUCUCGCUUUGCAGGACCAGCGUACCAUGCUGGCCUCUCUCAAACUUGUCUCAUUAGCACCCACUAAUGGCCCUGGUAGAAAAGAACUUCCUGUGGAGAACAUGGAAAAACCUGAUUUAUUAAUAGAUUCACAUGUUCCCACAUUGCCGGUUGAGGGGCCUGCAGAUGAAGCAUCUUCAGAAUGCUGUUCAAAAGACAAAAUCAGCAACGGCAUUAACGGAAUGAACGAGGAGCAUUAUGGUGAUCUUUACCAAACCACAGUAGAGACAACCAAAAGCCUGGCUGCAGCCCUGAAUGUUUUUAUCCACCUCAAUGCCUCAGAUACACAGUGUUCCACCACAGACGAAGCGCUACACAAAGCGUUCGUCAUGAAAGAAGAAACUGGAUCCAACUGUGAUAAGAUAGCCAAUGGAGUUGGCGGUUUGAAUGAGGAGUUGCAACCUCAGCGGCAUCAGACUUUGAUGGAACUGGGCAGAAGCUUGGCCUCUGCCCUCGGAGCGCUGGGCGAUGCUGUCAAAGGCACUGAGCCAAUCGGUAGCUCGGAGAUUAAAAAGGCGAAAAGUGAGCUCAGCCAAUCAGAAACUGUAGAGUCAGCAGACGUUGAAAUGAAGGAUGUUAGUUCCGAAGCAGAGCUUGAGUUGGGAGCAGUUGUCGGAAUUGAUGAGGGAGGUGCAUGUGCACAUCUUGAUGCCAUUAACAAUGAAUGUUCUCAAGAGUCUUCAGAGUAUUUGCACAAGCUAGAAGACUCAGAGGAGCACAGUUUGUGUACCAACUGUCACAAUGCUGUAGCAUCUACAGCAGAAUCGCAAGAACACGAUAUGGAACCAGCUAAGGUAGAGAAUGACUUCACAGACGCCAGUGGUUCUUUGGAGUUUGUUGGUCCACUAAUUCCCCACAGAGCACAGCUGAGACAUGACCUUACCCCUCUUGCAAUGCAGGAAGCAGCAGAAUCCCAGGCUCCUUUACUGCAACCACCUGUUCACGCCCAGGCUCUGGUGAUUCCCAGGGACUUUGUUCUGCCUUCCAUGGCAUUAGAUUUUGAAGACAGGGCUUUUGAGAGGAAACUCCAAAACCUUCAGUUACUUCGGAACUUCAUGCCACUUGUACUUAAUGGACGGAAGACCUGUCCCAUGGACAGUUUCCUACAUAGGAGUCCUCGCUGCAAAAUGGAAGACAAAGCUGUGGACACGUCCGACCUGGAGCAGGAACCUCGAAAUGACCCCAUGGACCUCGGAGAGAUUGACUUCACCGCUGCCGCUCUGCUCUUCUGCCUGGAGGAGUCACCCCGAGCCCGAAGAAUAUCAGACACUGUCUAUGCUUUUGGUGGCUCACGUGUCGAUUUUGGCACCCAGACGUUCAGCUUCCCUGCUGCCAUCUUGGCCACCAGCACGAUGGUUGGAGAGGUGGCAUCAGCCUCAGCAUGUGAUCGAGCUGCACCCCGCCUCUCGCAGCCCAGCCCCUUCUGCACCUUGCGGCUGGACCUGACUCUGGAACAGCUGGUUCCCCGGCCAAGCUGGGCUCCACGCGAAGGCUCCAUGUUCACUUUUGAGUGCGGCCAGCUUUUUCGGCGGGAGGAGUUCCUCUCUCACUUUCGUAAUGUCCACGGAGACAUCCACUCAGGCUUGAACGGCUGGAUGGAGCACCGCUGCCCACUCGCCUACUACGGCUGCACGUACUCGCAGCGCAGGUUCUGUCCGUCAAAGCAAGGGUCCAGAAUUGUUCAUGACCGCCACCUUAGGUCGUUCGGGGUGCAGCCAGUUAUGGACAUGAUGGUGGAGUCAGGGUGCGACCGUCUGAGCGGAUUGCCUUUUGAAAUACUGCAGCAUAUAGCACGGUUUCUGGACGGCUUCAGCCUGUGCCAGCUGUCCAUGGUGUCCCGCACUAUGAGGGACGUUUGUGCCAGCCUGCUGCAGACACGGGGCAUGGUGGUGGUACAGUGGGAGAAGAGGCAGUGCCCGGAUGGCAGUAGAAGCUGGAAGAUAAAAGACAAGGUGUGGCGGUUUAGUACGGCCUUUAGUCCGGUGACUAGGUGGGAAUUUGCGGACAUUUCCAGCAUGUCUGACCACCUGAAGCACUGCCCUUACAACGAGGUCCACCGGCAAGUGGAGGCGGUUCCACUGCCCUGCAUGUGCACGACCAGGGAGCUGACCCGCGACGGCCGGUCCCUACGCUCCGUCCUCAAACCAGUAUUAUAAUGAAGGAAACACUUUAACAGCAGAGCGCGAGAGCUAAAACACUACCUUACCUAACCUCUUUAACCAAUGCUAUCUGUCACUGUGUACAUAAGAUUAUUAUACAUCUUUCUUAUUACAUAAGAAAUAUUUUUGCUUUGAUGUUAAGAUUAUUUUUUUUUAGAUAUAUAUAUAUAUAUAUAUGUAUAAAUAUAUAUUAUACAGUACGUCAAAUUUGAAGGUUGAUUCUAGAUUGUGUGUUUAACGUUUUAAGGACAAAUAUACUGAGGGAAGGCCUUUUUUGGCCAUGUUUCUUAUAGAAGUGUACGGUCAAACUCUAGAGAUGUUCUGCAAAGGGGUUUGAAUAAUAAAGUGAUUAAAUCAGAUAAAAAUGAUUUAAAAAGUGAAAUGAAAUGAAGAGCCUUAAUCAGUGCACUUGAUUUCUUUAGACACACUAGGGUAGUCCCAGUAAUCUAUCACAGCUAGGUCUUCCAAUGAGGGCUCAAAUCAAGUGCACAGCUCCAUUACAUCACAUCUGCAUGCUUUGGGUAUAGGACAGCACCCUUAUAGGAGAAAGCAGAUUUUCUGGGCUGAAUGCUAAUGUGGCUAACCAGCAUGGAAACCAGGAUGCUAACUUCUCUUCCAUCCAAUUUAUCUUCCAUCCAACAUCUGUUCGUCAAGUUAUCAUCCUCUUUAGUUUGGGAGCUUUCAGGUAGAAACCUAGAUCAGAACACAUGCUAGUUCGGUAUGAGUAAAAAGUUAGGUUGAGUGAAAAUGGCCUCUUUUCCACUGCAGGUCUGAUUGGUUCUGAGCAGGGAGGGCAGCUAUUCGGCUUGCUUUUCCACACAGACACGGUUCAGUACAGAUUCAUUAACAGGUACAGUACUUGGGGCCAAAGAACCAUUUAUUGGGAUGGUUUAAAGAUCUUCCUGUUGGCUAGCCGGACUGUGCUAACACUGUGGCCGCUGUGUAGGACAGAAGUUUGAUGAUGCCCGUAGUGAAGUGGGACAAGUUCCCUUACAGGAGAGCCAACUUCUAUUUGUUACUAGUAAUUUGGGACUAGUCAUCAUGUUCUUCUGUGCGUGAGCUUUCAGGAAGUAAGCUGACUCAGUUUCUGGCAUUUGUCAACCAUGCUUACACUGCGGUUGCGAUGUUGGGGGUGAUUUUCUCAGCAUGGUUACUUAACCAUGUUUGGGGCCAUAGAAACAUUUAGUAGAACUGUUUAAAGACUUAAGGGAUUUAACUACAGACUAGCUGGGCUGGGCUAACACCGCAGUAGCUAUGUUGGGCAAGCGUUGUUGCAUGUGUCCUAAGGUUCUCAAUGACUGAAGAGAUCCUUAUCCUUAGAAUCAUGUUCCUCCGUACACAAGCUUUAGUAGUAAGCUAAUCCUGGAUCAUAAUAUAUACUGGUUUGGUAUGGGUAAAAAGUUUUGCGUCCGUAAGAGUUUGAUUUGUCAAUCAUGCUAAUGCAGCAGUAGCGAUGUUGGAUGGGCACUGUCACCAAAAUGCUAACACUGCUGUAGCAUGGUUGGAUGAGCCCGGUAGCUGGCAUGCUAACACCACAGUAACGAUAUUGGAUGAAACCGGUUGCUAGCGUGCUAACAUCACAGUAACAAUAUUGGAUGAUCCGGUAGCUGGCAGGCUAACACCACAGUAUCGAUAUUGGAUGAGCCCGGUAGCUGGCAUGCUAAUACCACAGUAACGUAAUUGGAUGAAACCGGUAGCUAGCGUGCUAACAUCACAGUAACAAUAUUGGAUGAGCCCGGUAGCUGGCAUGCUAAUAUCCCAGUAACGUAAUUGGAUGAAACCGGUUGCUAGCGUGCUAACAUCACAGUAACAAUAUUGGAUGAUCCGGUAGCUGGCAUGCUAACACCACAGUAUCGAUAUUGGAUGAGCCCGGUAGCUGGCAUGCUAAUACCACAGUAACGUAAUUGGAUGAAACCGGUAGCUAGCGUGCUAACAUCACAGUAACAAUAUUGGAUGAGCCCGGUAGCUGGCAUGCUAACGCCACAGUAACGAUAUUGGAUGAAACCGGUAGCUAGCGUGCUAACAUCACAGUAACGAUAUUGGAUGAUCCGGUAGCUGGCGUGCUAACACCACAGUGGCAAUGUUGGUUGAGCUCUGUCACCAAAAUGCUAACACAGCAAUAGUGAUGGUGCUCUGUUUCACAAGUUAGCAUGUGGGAUUGAGGCAGGACACGUCUAACAGCUGCCACUUGUGAGACACUGUGCACUUCCCUGUCCUAAUUUAGCAAUGCAUCAAUGGAAAAAAGUAAUAAUUUGGCACUGCAGUGGAGAAGAAACCAAUGAAGCUGAACCUACAAUCUCUGAACCAGUCUGAUGUAAACUAUGGGCUUUUAGCUAGGUGUGUUGGCCAUAUCAUUUUCUUUAAUAAAUAUUUUUUGUUCAGGUGUAGCAAACGUUACACCCUGCACUUUACCAAGCUCUGCCACUGGCACAGACUCUCCACCUUUUAGCAAUACAAGCAAAACUUUGGGUUGCACUUAUUAGGGCGCUUAGGCCGCAAGCACUUUUUUAACACAAUUGUUAAGACUUAUGUAGCACAUUUCUAAACAUCUAAAUAGCCACAAAGGUUUACAUAGAAAAAAGGCAUGCUUGCACAGGUUCUAGCUCUGUGUACGCACUCAGGUGUGCAUGUCAUUAAAGAAAGUGUGAAUGCGUUUGUUUCUGUCGCUCUGUAAUUGAUUUACGAAUGUGUAGCUGAAGUGAUCAUAAGUAAUAGUCCGGACCCCCUUCAGCUAAGUGGACCUUGUAUCUUCACUCCAUUUAAAGGAAAACUCCAGUGUUUGGCCUACUCUUUAUAACACAGAUCUGUAGUGUUGAUGUUUCUAAGUAAGCAGUAAAAAGAGACGGUUAUAACAUGUUAAUGGGUUGGAAACAAUGUUGUUUUUUUUAUUCAGUAAAUAUGUGGAAUAGAAGGUGCUGGACUGAAAAAGACUGGAGUGUCCCUUUAAGUAGGAAUUUCACAGAUUAAUAAAAAUUCUGCAUAAUGCAGAGGUUGAGAUGUGACAGUAAAAUGUAGAUAAACAUAUCACCUCAGGCCUCAUCCACACAUAUCCACACAUUAAAAAAAAAAUCUGCAUACUGGCCUCCCUUCCAAAUGCAAACUUUGUAGAGUUUGUUCAGAUUUCUGUUUUCAGUAUUGAGUGGAUUGGGGAAACUUUAUGAAAAUCAGUUGCUCUGUAGUGUUAAGGCAGUAUAAAUGAUCCUCAGAGGUUUACAUCUUAAUCAUUAUGUAAUUAUGCAGAAUUUAUAAAAACUCUGAUUAUCAAGCCCUCUGCAAGUUGAUCAGAAUGUGGGUCGAGAACUACUGUUAUCCAAAGCCAUGUUUUUUUUUUUGCCUGUAUAAUCCCAAUGAAGGCCUUACCAAGUGUUUGUGUAUGCGACUGUUGUGUGCUGCUGCUGCUGCUGAAUAUGAAGGAAAAUCCUUUUUUUUUUUUUUUUUUUUUUUUUUUAAAUGCCUGAUGGAGUGUGCUACCUGGGAGUGUUGAGUAGACAGACACAGAGACACCCAGGGGGCACAAGCCAGGACAUGAUAUAGAUACGGGCUGGAGAUGCAUGUGGUUUUUGGUUGUGUUGAAUAAAAAGAUAUUUUAGGAUCUUUGA